AAAGGUGAAGUUUAUGAAGUGCGACGCAAAAAUUUAACCAAAAACAAAAAAGAAUUAGAAGUGGUAGAAGUUUACGUGGCCCAAGAAAGAAAAAUUGAGGAAGGAAAAACUUUUGACCUUCUUAUUAAUCCGUUGAGUGUCCCUACUCGCCUUAACAUCGGACAAUUACUAGAAACUAUUUUGUCCGAAGCCUCCUUACGUCUGGGGGAAAAAUUACUAGUUCGGCCUUUUAAUACUCUGGCACCUAAUGCCAUUCAACAAAUAAUCCAAGAAGCCGGAAUAAAAGAUUGCGGAAAUCGCCAGUUGUUUGAUGGCCGCACCGGUCAACCGUUUGCCAACAAGAUUUACACUGGUUAUACUUAUACUCUAAAAUUAAAUCACAUGGUGGCAGACAAAAUUCAUGCUCGCAACACCGGACCUUAUUCUUUAAUUUACCAGCAACCACUCAAAGGACGUUCCCAAGAAGGUGGUUUGCGACUAGGGGAAAUGGAGAUUCUGGCUUUGAUUGCUUAUGGAGCGGCCAAGACUGUCAACGAAAUAGGAGCCAAAUCCGACGCCAUUCAUAAACGGCAAACCUUAAAAAACUUCUUGCUGUUUGGUAAUCGCCCACCUAAUUUACAAAGCCAACUUUCUUUUGGAGAAAUUACUAAUACCAAAACUAUUAAUGCUCGCACUGGGAAACGAGUAAAAGAUGGACUUUUAGAUCCGGUGAAGGGCGGACCUUCCAAAAAUUUUGAGUGCGAGUGCGGUGUGCUUAAAGGAGUUGAUAAUAAAGGGAGAGUUUGUGAGCGUUGUGGAGUAUUAGUAGACGAGAAAUACGUUAACUCCCAAUUAAUUAGUGUUAUUCUGGACGAAAUUAUUGCUAAGGAAAAAACAAAAAAUAGCGUGGUUAAAGAAGCCCAAAAAUUAAAAGAAAAACUGAGUAAUGCCGAAGAGGAAUUAACUUUUCUCGAAGAAUAUUUAGAUUUUAUGGCUCAACACCAAAAAAUAAAAGUCGGUAUUGGUUCCGAAGCCUUACAAGUUUUAUUGCGAGAAAUUAAUUUAGAAAACCAAUUAGCCAAGGCUCGGGAGAAAAAACAAUGA